AGACGCGCCGCGAUGGUGGGCCGCGACAGCCGCUCUGUGAGCGCGGCGCGCCCCUGGGCGCCGCGGCAUGAGUAGCGCCCGCCCGGCCGGCCCGCGCGCCCGCCAUGGCGCAGGCCGCGCCCGCGCCCCACCGCACGCACUCCUUCGCCAAGAAGACCUUCCACAAGCCCACUUACUGCCACCACUGCUCGGAUCUCCUCUGGGGCCUCAUCGGCCAGGGCUACGGCUGCGAAGUGUGCAACUUCAUAGUGCACGAGCGUUGCGUGGGGCAAGUGGUGACGCCAUGCUGCGGGGUAGCGCCGAGCCUCAUCAAAAACCCAGUGGCCCACUGUUGGUCCGAGCCGGCCCACCACAAGCGGAAGUUCUGCACGGUGUGCCGGAAGCGGCUCGAUGAACUGCCGGCUUUACAUUGUAUGAUAUGCGAGUACUAUGUCCACGGCGAAUGCGUGGACUUCGCAGCCGCGGACUGCAAGGAGAACGCGACGUACUGCGCGGGCUCCGAGCCGCGGCCCGCCCACCACUGGCGCGAAGGCAACCUGCCCGCCAACUCCAAGUGUGCGGCUUGCCGGCGCGCCUGCUGCUCGGCGGAAUGCCUGACUGGAUACAGAUGCGAGUGGUGCGGGAGCACGUGCCACGCGGGAUGUCGAUCGCUGAUACCGGAGGAAUGCAACUUCGGGAUGCUCCAGCCCAUCUUCCUUCCUCCUUCGGCGGUCUCCAUCCCCCGCACAGAAGUCCCCAUGGAGGCCAUCAUCGGCGUCCACGUGCGCCCGCCGCCCUCGCAGCGGGACUUCGGCUGCCCGCGGGACCGAGGCUGGGGGCCGGCGCGGCUGGUGGUGCUGGCGCGGCGCCUGCUGCCGGCCGCCUGCAGCCCGCACGGAGGCGCUUCGCCGCCCUACUCGAGAGCGCGCAGCGUUAGCGAGGAGUUCUCCUCGGGCUGCGAGGGCCGCUCGGGCUCCGGCGGGGGCUCCACCGGUGCCCCGGCCGACCAGGACCACCGGCCGGAUCACAAGCAACACCGGGAUCGGACGCCGGAUGACAGAGAUGAAGAGGUAGUAAAGGUAUACGACGGCGAAGCAGCGUGGUCGCGCCGGCUGUACCGGCCCGUGGUGGUGGGCCGCAACUGGAACGAGCGGGAGCUGGUGUCCGCGGCGCUGCGGGCCUUCCACGUGGCGCGCGAGCCCGAGCAGUUCGAGCUGACCGACGCGCUGGCCGGCGACGAGCCCCCGCUCAAGGACCCAACGCCGCUGGCGCGUGUAACAAGGCUGCCGAACAAACGACCGGCGCUCUUCCUGCGCUUCAAGGAACCAGAGACGGGCGGCGGCGAGGUCCGCGUGUACCCGGGCCGGAUCGCCGGCGCCGGCGAGACGUACGUCACCGUGCCGUGCCGGGGCGAGCACACUGUCGCCGAUCUGAUGGCGAACGCGCUGGAACACUUCGGGCUCGACCCGGCGCAGGCUACGCAGGACUACCGCUGCUCUGAGAUCCUGCUUGAUCGCGGGGUAUCCGAGCGAGUGUUAGAAGAGGAGGAGCGACCAUGGCGCAUCGUGGUCCGGCUGGCUCGCGAGUCCGUGCGGCGGAUGGAGCUGGCGCGCUUCUACCUGCAGCCGCGGCGCGACCCCCACGGGCCCACGCUCGCGCUGUUCGUGGCGUCGCUGCCGCCGGGCCUGUCGGAGAGGAACUACGAGAACAUCCUCGUGGAGAUCCUUGGAGCCGACAACAAGUUUACCUCGAUCGGUCCCAUCUACUACGAGUACGGGUCGAUGGUGAUCACUUACGAGGACGCAAGCAAAGCGGUGCGCGCGCUCUACGCUCUCAGAGAGGCCAAAUAUGAAGAUAAGCAUUUAUUAGUGAUGCUGCUACCCAGCAUCGAGCCGGCGCAGGUGCCGGCGGGGGUGAAGCCGCUGCUGGUGUUCGUGAACGUCAAGUCCGGCGGCUGCCAGGGGCUGGAGCUCAUCAACUCCUUCCGCAAGCUCCUCAACCCCUACCAAGUCUUCGAUUUAGAGAACGGCGGCCCGCUUCCUGGGCUGUACGUGUUUCGUCACAUUCCCAACUACAAGAUCCUGGUGUGCGGCGGCGACGGCACCAUCGGCUGGGUGCUGCAGUGCCUCGACAACGUCGGCCAGGACUCGCAGUGUUCCAACCCUCCUUGCGCCAUCGUACCCCUGGGCACAGGUAACGACCUAGCGCGCGUUCUGCGCUGGGGCUCGGGCUACACGGGCUGCGAGGACCCGCUGUCACUCCUGCGGGACGUCAUCGACGCGGAGGAGAUCCGCCUCGACCGCUGGACCGUGGUGUUCCACCCCGAGGACAAACAGGACGAGCCGAAGGAGCUCUCCAAACAGUUGCCUGGGUCGCAGAGCGAAGAUAACUCGCAGAUCCUGGUGAUGAACAACUACUUCGGGAUCGGAAUCGAUGCGGACCUCUGUCUCGACUUCCAUAAUGCUAGGGAGGAGAAUCCCAACAAAUUCAAUAGCAGGCUCCGUAACAAGGGUGUGUACGUGAAGAUGGGUCUGCGCAAGAUGGUGGGUCGCAAGAUGUGCAAGGACCUGCACAAGGCGGUGCGGCUGGAGGUGGACGGCAAGCAGGUGGAGUUACCUGCCGUCGAGGGCAUCAUCAUUCUCAAUAUACUCAGCUGGGGCUCGGGCGCCAACCCAUGGGGCCCGGAGAAGGACGACCAGUUCAGCAAGCCCAACCACUGGGACGGCAUGCUGGAGGUGGUGGGCGUCACCGGGGUGGUGCACCUCGGGCAGAUCCAGUCGGGGAUGCGAGGCGCCAUGCGGAUAGCGCAGGGUGGCCACAUAAAGAUCAACCUGAAGAGCGAGAUCCCCGUGCAAGUGGACGGGGAACCGUGGGUGGCGGCGCCAAGCGAGGUCGUGGUGCUUAAGUCGGCGCUCAAGGCGACGAUGCUGAAGAAAACCAAGCGCGGGGCCGGCGGGGCCGGCGCGGCGGCGGGCCCGUGACGCGCGCCCGCCCUCCUCACGCCGCCCCCGCCCCCCCCGCAGGCCUGCAUGCUCAAGCAGCGCGGCAAGGUGCGCCGCCGCAACACCGAGCCGGCCAUGCCGCCGCCGCCGCCGCAGCCGCCGCCGCCGCCGCCGCCGCCGCCGGACACCUGAAUCUGGCUCAGCGAGCGCCUCAUCUGAGCGCCUGCGCCUGCCUCGGGCUCAAGGCAAGCGCGCGCGCCGGCGCUCGCUGCAGCACCCACCACGCCCGCCGGGCACGGCGGGCCGCGCUCCACCGCGGUCGGCCCGGCCGAUCAAACAUUAUUGUAAAUAAAUUAUUAAAAACAUAUAAAAAUAUUAAUUAAAAAUUAUAUAAUAAUAAUAAAUUUAUAAUAUAGUCUA